AUGUUUCAGGCAUCCAACGGGAUCUCCCGCAGACCUUGCGGAUCACUUUGGAAUCAACCACCUCUAAAGGAACUGCAUUCUGGCACUGGCACUGACACUGGCAGACAUGAACUAGACUGGUCCACCUGUGUUCCAUACCGUAAACCAGUGAAUCAAAAGGCAGCCGAGGCGGCGAUUACGGACGACCAGCCUCUCCCCGAAUCCGCCACCAAGGCUGCCCAUACCGGAAACGCCACCCUUGUCGGUCGCUCGCGCAAGCCUAAGCCUAAGCCCGCUUCGACGGGUCCCGCGACCACCUGCCCCCAGUCCACCGAGUCGGGCAGUUCUGCGAGUUCCACCUGUCAGAAGAAAAGAGAGCUCGCGACCCCCGCGACUACUGAAGCCAGCAUGGACUCCGACGACGAUUUCAUGAGCGAUGUCUCCAGUCAGGACGACUUCUUGGACAUGCAGGGGAGUGAUGAUGAGAGUCUAGGUGAAGAAAUCGAACGCGAACAGCUUGUACAAAUUAACGAGGUUUCCGCUAUCCUUGGCCUACCACCAGAGUCGGCCGCAAUCCUCAUGCGGUUUGGUCGAUGGAAGCAGGAGAAACUGAUCGAGGGGUACAUGGAGCACCCGGAGGAGACAUUAGAAGAAGCUGGGUUAGGAACCAACUUUGAAGUCACGGCGAAAACGGAGGUCGUUCCAGGUUUCAGCUGUGAGAUUUGUUGUGAGGAUGGCGAUGACCUCGAGUCGUAUGCGAUGCGCUGCGGGCACCGGUUUUGUGUCGACUGCUACCGGCACUAUCUUGGACAGAAGAUUAAGGAAGAAGGAGAAGCCGCGCGGAUUCAAUGUCCCGGAAACAAAUGUCAUCGCAUCGUCGAUUCGAGGUCACUUGAUCUGCUUGUUACGGACGAGCUCAAGGACCGGUAA